CUCCGGGGAUGCGGACCGCGGUCCCCGGGGUUCGCGGUUUUGGACGUCUAUGCACGACAAGCCAUAAAUGCUUAGGCUGAGAGGUAGGGCGAAAAAUGCCGUCGUCUUGUGUGAAAACGUGUGGUGCGAAGUUCGUGAUGAUGUCUCAAAUUGAGACUGCAAAUCUUCACCCCUGCUUUUAACUUGCCCCACAGCAUACAGCAAUGGAAGUUAGCAGCAGCAGCAGCAGCAGCAGCAGUGGCAGCACUGGGCAGAAGCCACACCUGUCCGUCUCUGACCGGGUGGUGUGGCUCGGCCCACUGGGCACGCGCAUCGGCACUGUCCGCUGGCUAGGAGAGCUGCCACAUCGCGGCAUCACCGUCGGCAUUGAGCUGGACUAUGAGCUGCCUCGCGGCGGCACGGACGGCUGGCACGACGGCCGAUUUCUGUUCCGGGCGCGCGCCAACCACGGCCAGCUGGUGCCGCCCGGCCAGCUGGUGCGCGAGCAUGAGUUCUUCGGCCAGCCGGCGCCAGGAGACGGAUCGGUCGGCGAGCCACCGCCGCCGCCGCCACCGCCGCCGCUGACCGCGCGUGAGCUCAUCGAAGACGCGAUGGCGCGCGUGGCGACGGAGCAGCGCGUGCUGCGGGAGUGCCAGUGCCACCGCGCCGGCUAG